AAUAAAAGUGCAAUCGCAAAUCACAAAUGGCACGCUGCCCGUCACACUUGACGCUUACGCCAUCGCCAACAAUGGCUUCGCUCGCUGGCGCUGCCUCUUCUCGUCUCUUCCCCUCCACUUAUAGAGCUCGAAUCUCCCUUUCCUCACCUGCAUCUUCUUCCUCGCUCUCUCCUCUAUCUCUCUCCUCUUCUUCUUCUUAUUCAUUUGCUCCUCUCAAAUGUCUUCUAACUUCUCCUCUCGCACCUCAUUUCUUCUUAAAUCAGAGGGCAUCGUCAAUGAGCACGGUGGCUGCAGCGUCGGAUCUUGCUCAGCUGAAGAGUGCGAGAGAGGAUAUCAAAGAGCUUCUCAAGUCUAAGUUUUGCCAUCCUAUUCUGGUUCGACUGGGAUGGCAUGAUGCUGGUACAUAUAACAAGAACAUAGAGGAGUGGCCAAAGAGAGGCGGAGCCAAUGGAAGUCUCAGAUUUGAAAUUGAGUUGAAACAUGGAGCCAAUGCAGGCUUGGUGAACGCAUUGAACCUUCUUCAGCCUAUUAAAGACAAGUACUCUGGUGUGACAUAUGCAGAUUUAUUCCAGUUGGCCAGUGCUACUGCUAUAGAGGAAGCUGGUGGCCCCAAAAUCCCCAUGAAGUAUGGAAGGGUGGAUGUUUCAGCUCCUGAAGAGUGUCCUGAGGAGGGGAGGCUUCCUAGUGCUGGGCCCCCUAACCCUGCAGAUCAUUUGCAAGAAAUUUUCUACAGAAUGGGCUUAAAUGACCAGGAAAUAGUUGCAUUAUCUGGUGCGCAUACGCUGGGAAGGUCCAGACCUGAUCGCAGUGGUUGGGGAAAACCAGAGACAAAGUAUACGAAAAAUGGACCGGGAGCUCCAGGAGGACAAUCCUGGACAGCAGAAUGGCUGAAGUUUGAUAAUUCCUACUUCAGGGAUAUCAAAGAAAGAAAGGAUGAAGAUCUACUUGUGUUGCCAACUGAUGCUGUUCUCUUUGAAGAUCCUUCUUUCAAGGUAUAUGCUGAGAAAUAUGCUGAUGAUCAGGAAGCAUUCUUCAAAGAUUACGCUGCAGCCCAUGCCAAGCUCAGCAACCUUGGUGCCAAAUUUGAUCCUCCCCAGGGUAUUUUGUUAGAUGGAGUUGCAGGAGAGAAAUUUGUGGCAGCGAACUACUCAACUGGAAAGAGAGAACUGUCAGAGGCUAUGAAGCAGAAGAUCCGGGCAGAGUAUGAAGCGGUUGGUGGAAGCCCAGAUAAGCCUUUAAAGUCUAACUAUUUUCUAAAUAUCAUGAUAGUGAUUGCUGUUUUGGCAUUAUUGACAUCCCUUCUUGGAAAUUAAGUUUCUAUUUUCUUGGAAGAUCAUCAAGAAAUAGCAGUGUUUUUUAAUGUAUAUGUUAAAAUAUGGUGAGCAAAUAGUAACACCAAUGCAUGUGAAUGAGUGGAAGGUCUCAUUCAAAUUUAGAAAGCAACAGCAGCCAUCUUAAUCGUCUAUAGAAUCAAUCCAUUGGUAUCUGGGCUCA